AUGGACUGGAACAGCGCCAACAGCUACGAGGUCAACUCCGGCACCAUCCAGACAGCGCAACAGAAUGCUCUGGUGGGGCCACCACCUGUGGCGGCAACUCCGGAGUCGGUGGCGGCCCAGAUUUUCCAGGCGAGGGUCGCCCUGUUCGAGUCCAGCCGAGCUGCCGAGAGCUGUAUGAACAAGCACAACGCAACCUUCAAAAUUCUGCUCGCAUCACACCGGAAGUUGGCAGCGAAGCACAAGGCUUUAGUGGCCGAACAUCGGAACAAGACUAGGGAUGAUGUGCAAGUGUCGGAGUUUCUGAAGCGCGUCACAGAAGUGCAAGGGGAGAAGACUCGGCUAGUGGAACAGCACCGAGAUGAGGUGGCCCGACUAAAAGUGCAACUCAAAGCGCAGGCCGAGGCGCACAAGACCGAGAUAGACGGGUUGCUAGCCAAAAUCUUCCCGCAUUCCACCGAGGCUGCUCAGGCCGCCGUGCUUAAAGCUCGCGGGAAAAGGGAUGCCUCCAAGGAACUGCCAUCGGAGUACAAUGUGGAGGACUACCUCAUGAGCAUCUGGACCCGUGUCAGGCCUCUGAAGGCCUUCGGGAUUGAUAUGCUCAACGCCAGCAUCUGCGCCUUCCGAGCUCUUUGGUCGGGAGAGGAAGCGCCCAGUGCCAUCCCAGAGCUGGCCAAGCGUCUCCUAGAAGUAGAGGACCGGCUAAGCGACUGGCGGGAGUCGGCCGCUCGUGUCGGCGCCGACGAGGCACUGUCGUUCGUACUUUGUUGGUACGACGGCAUUAACCUCGACGUGUUGCAGUCCAUGCGCGUCGGCUCUCCCUUCCUCUCGGACCCGAAGCUGAUCUCGAAGCGCCAAGAACGGGCCUACUCCUUCAUCCAGUAUGCCGAAGUGCACACUUUUGUGAAGGGUCCGAAAUCGGACGCAGAUGAAGAAGCGGCCGAGGAAGAGGAAGAGGAGAUGGACAAAGAAAUCGUGGCCGAGUCGCCUCCUGCCGCAACAGAUGCUCCGAGUGCCGGCACCGAUGAUCCUGCUGCUUGAAUUUAUACCUAGUGAUGUCGGCAAAAGCCAUUUUAAAACUGUUAGAUCCCCGGGAUGCCGGGUGCAGAUGUAAAUACUUUGAAGUACUUUUAGUUGUGAUGCACAAUAUUUUUAA